UUCGUUCGUUCAGAAAGAAAUCACACAAACCCAGCCAAAAAACCCUAGCACUGUAAGCCUACACCACCGCCGCAAGGAGUGGCAUACUACCGCCGUCCGUCGCACUCGAAGUUCGCCAUCCGUCCGUCUAUCUAUCUUCCUUCUUGCUCUAAGUCUUCAAUCCCUGUUCGCUGUCACCGAUCGCGGCUGCUUCCUCGAGCUCCGCGUCCGUCGUCUUUGUCUUCUCAGCCGCGCUUCCGUCGCCGUUUGUUUGCCGUUCACGUUCGCUUCUUCGUUCAGCUGUCGUCUUUGUUCGCGUUCUUCGGCGUUCACCGUUCGCGUUCACUAGCCGUUCACCGUUCGAGUUCGCAUUCGCGUAAGUCCGGAAGCCACGUUUCUCUGCUUCAAACUCUGCGACCAACCCGCACGCUCCACCUAGACGUCGGAACUGCUCUCUUUUGUCGCCGCCGGACCGGGCCACCAACCUAGCCCAGACCCAAAACAGAAGCCCAAUAUCCAACCCAAUCCGGAUUUGAAACCUACUAUGCCCAACCCGAUCCAUGGCUGUCUUCUCUGGCCGUCGCGAUGAUAGCUGAGAUUUCCGUGCUUCGAUUCCUGUACUGAGAUUGAGGUCCAUCUCGCUGCUGAACAGUUCGCAGGUUAGUCAAGAAGCUUGAAAUGGGUAAGCCCAAACUGAAAUGGACUCAAAGGCCCAAACCAGAAGUCCAAAUUAGAGACCCAAUCAAUUAAUUUAAUUUGCGUAGAAAGUGGUUCAGAAUUUUGAAAAUUAAAAAGGGGGCGCGGCACUCAGAGAGUCAGAUCUACCCAUCAGUCAUCAGCACCAAAUAGCCGUUGUUCUUCUUUCGCUCUCCCAAGAGAAGGGAAUUGAUUAAUUGAGAUUCUGAAUGGACAAGUACGAGAAGUUGGAGAAGGUUGGGGAAGGAACAUAUGGCAAAGUCUACAAGGCGAAAGAGAAGGCCACUGGACAAAUUGUUGCAUUGAAGAAGACACGGUUGGAGAUGGAUGAGGAAGGUGUCCCUCCGACCGCCCUUAGGGAGGUCUCCCUCCUUCAAAUGCUGUCUCAGUCUAUCUACAUUGUCCGCCUUUUAUCCGUGGAGCAUGUCGACAAGGUCCCUAAAUCGGCCCCGGCCUCGGCCACCACCAAGCCCCUACUCUACCUUGUCUUUGAGUACCUUGACACUGACCUCAAGAAGUUUAUUGAUUCGCACCGCAAGGGCUCGAAUCCAAGGCCACUCCCUGCUGCCCUAAUCCAGAGUUUCCUUUUCCAGCUAUGCAAGGGUGUUGCACAUUGCCAUAGUCAUGGUGUCCUUCACCGUGACCUCAAGCCUCAGAACCUCCUCCUCGACCAGAAAAAAGGGAUUCUCAAGAUUGCUGAUCUUGGACUUGGACGAGCCUUCACUGUCCCUCUCAAGAGUUACACUCAUGAGAUUGUUACCCUUUGGUAUAGAGCUCCUGAGGUCUUGCUUGGAACCACCCAUUACUCCACUGGGGUUGAUAUGUGGUCUGUUGGGUGCAUCUUUGCUGAAAUGGUGAGAAGGCAAGCACUGUUUCCAGGGGAUUCUGAGUUUCAACAGCUUCUUAACAUAUUCAAGAUUUUGGGAACUCCAACUGAGGAGCAAUGGCCAGGAGUUACUUCGCUUCGUGAUUGGCAUACCUACCCAAAGUGGGAACCUCAGAACUUGGCGAGGACUGUGCCAACUUUGGGACCUGAUGGGGUAGACCUUCUCACGAAAAUGCUCAAGUAUAAUCCCGCUGAGAGAAUCUCUGCCAAGGCAGCACUUGAUCAUCCUUACUUUGACAGUCUUGACAAGUCUCAGUUUUAACAGCAGAUACUGUCCAAUGCUUUUGUGCAGAUGUUGUAUGUCAAUGAUAGUGAUAUAUGGAAGUAAAUGAAAGUUAACUCCUGGCAUGGAAUUUAAGCACGUGAGAUUGAUGUUGUUUGGUGUUAAGUAAAAGUUUGUCAUCAUCAUCUUGGUGAUAUGACCAGCUAAGUAGAAACUCUACUGAACCUUUAUCACUCUGUAUUACUCAUGUAGGCUGUGCAUGAUCACCAUUGUCCUUGUGUACUUGAAAAAAUGUUUUUAUCAUUGUUGAAUUAAAUGAAGUCUGUUAUAAAAGCCAUUCAAAAUGUUAAGCAUAAACUUUAUGUUCUUGUGUAAGUUUCAGUGUACUUUUAGAUGGGUUUAUGGGACAUUCUUCUAGAACGAGUUCUCACAACUCACAAGAAGCAAUCUUAAAUUGCUUGGCCCUGUUGCUACCAUCACACAUUUUGAAUUGACAGAAAAAAAAUCUUGAA